AUGGCUUUCGUAAAGUGCCUCGUCCUCCUUCUUUCUGUCGCUGCCUCUACCUCUGCCCUCGCCACUCCCCAUGCAGCAAGGCACUCCGUUCAUCACAGAGCCAUCGCAGCCCGCGUUGCUGAUCCCGCUCCUCUUGACGUUCUCCCCGUGCCCAUCAGGAAACGUGCAGAUACAAAGCGUUGCAAGCAGCGUGCUUCCUCCUCCACUGGCCAGGGCACCUUCUAUGCCACCGGUCUUGGCUCAUGCGGUAUCACCAACAAGGACACUGACUACAUUGCUGCUGUCUCCCAUCUCCUCUACGACCAAGGUUACGCCGGUGUAAACCCCAACAACAACCCCAUCUGUGGGAGGACAGUUACUGCGACCUACCAAGGAAAGUCUGUCACUGUUGCCGUCACUGACCGCUGCGAGGGAUGCGCUAUCACCGAUCUCGACUUUUCCCCCUCUGCGUUCAAUCAACUCGCCGACUUUUCCGUUGGACGCAUCUCCGGCAUGACCUGGACCUGGAACUAA